AUGUGGCUCCGCGAUACAGCGCGACGUCAAGCAAAGCCGGCCCUCCUCGUUCGGACGCUCCGCACCUCUGCAAACCGAGGAAACGCGGGUUCGCGAGCAGUAACAGGUAGGCGGCGUGAAAGCGCGUCUUCGGCUUCUGAGCCGGGCCCUUGUUCCCCUCCGCCGCGACCCGAGCCACCCGUGAGAGAGGCUGCGUCGACGACGCCCGUCCGGCUUCAACAUCGUCAAGCCCGGUGCAAAUUGCAGAGCCAGGGCAUGUACGAUUACGAAGUACCUCUAGGUGGCUCCGUCCGUACACACAGCAGGCCCGCCGGUAUUGGCGAUGCGGUGCCAGUGUCGGGUGCAAAUCACGCAUGCCUUCUGUCAUUCAUUGACACUGGGGCACCACCUGGGCGAUUCUGCACUCCCAUCUGCCUGGUGCUUGUCUGGUGCUUGAAGAUCCCGCAGGGCCCGGCCAAGCGCAGAACUGGUCGAAUGCAGCGACCGCGGGCGGUCACGACUCUCUUCAUGCCUACCUGCUGCGUGUACCCGUCAUGCGCUUUGCCCGAGGCCGACGCGAGGGAGGGCGGCUUGCAUCCGGUUGUUCUCUCCCUCGCAGACCCUACUAGGAUUUCACAAGGUUUUUUAAUGGGAUGGGAGGGAGCAGGGCCCUGGGCCGAAGCGUUCGUGUGGCGUGGCCACCGCUGGGCCGUCGCCACCACCCUCGGCAAUAACAUUUUACGAGUGCCAGCUUUCCCUCCGCGGACUGGCAAACGUCCCCAGGGCAUGGGGCCAGCACAAUUGACAACAGGAGCAGGGUCAACCCGGCAUUGCAUAGUGCGGCCAUGUCCGACGUGUCGCUUUGUGGGAAUAACGACGAGGUGUUGUCCUGGGCAUCUUGCUCAAGGGGCGAGGCGAGCUGCUCCUUUGAUUUCGCCUCUGCCUUUGAACACUGUACGAAGUAGAGCAGGCGGCGAGCGCGGCAGGCGACUGUAUGAAGUCGACAGCAGUGAAGUGUUUCGAUUCCGGGCGACUCAGCCAUAG